AUGUUAUUGAAUCAAGAUUGGAAUGAAAUCAGAAGAAUACCAAGUGGUCUUGAUAAAAGUUGGGAGACAAGAAGAGUAGAAGGUUUAGAGAUGAUGUCGACCAGUUUGGAACUUCAGAGAGAGAAGGUAAGACAUUCAUGCAAGGCACCUACUUGCUAUCAUACUGCAGUUAACAAAGGCAGCCUGGCAUGCAACAAUAAGAAGAAUUCUUCAUCAAAGAACCAUGAGGUGCUUGCCACUGCAAACCACAAUCAAAUGGCUGCUAGAACCAAGGGUGGCUCCUGUGGUAAGAAUGGUAAUGCAACUGACAGUAACUGCCAACAAAUUGUCAAAUGUAGAUCUUUAUCCAGUUCUAAAAAAAAUAAGUUAUCAAUUAUCUCAUCACCACACAAACAUGAGAGGUCACUGACCUGUGAAAUAUUUCCUGGUGUCGGUGGCUCUGUUGUCGGAAAAAACGCUAACCAUCAAGCUGCAACAUCAGAAAACUUUGAGAUGAAGGAGCUAGAGGAACAAGUCAUUGAAUUGAUUCACCAGCUUGCUCAACACAAACAUCAAGCUCGACUGGACAAGUUGAGUCUUGCUAAACUUCAACAGGAACUUUCAAGAACCAUAAGUGAAAAACCAAUGAGAGAAAUGUUGAAAAGACAGUUGGAACAGGAGAGAGAAAGAAGAGAAUUUUUGGAGAACAAAUUGAAGGAGAUGAAAAAUGAAUGCUGUUAUUGCUGUCCCAAUGAAAUUAAUGUUCUAAAAAAAGAGAACACCAGGUUAAAUGAGGCCAUCCAAGAUCUGUUGCCGUACAAACACAGGACUGAAAGAAUGCAACAAAAUAAUUCAAACUCAGUCAACAGUCUUGAGACAGAAAUGAGCAAAUUGAAAAGUCAGCUGGAGAGUUUGGUGCAAGACAAUCACUUGAUGAACAUGGAGGUACAAAAGUUGGAGUCGAUAAUCAACAAAUGUUAUCAAUGCAAACUACAAAUGACUGGCCACAUCAAGUUGAUCGAAACUACACCGGGCAAAGUUGGCAAAAUCGGGUGGUCGAUCAGAGGUGUCUACUCAAUCAAACAAUUUCUGGCAAACAUGCAGAAAAACCUUUUCGCCAGCUACAUCACUGCAAUCAUCGAAAUGUUUAGCAUCGAAAGGAGUAGCAACUAUUUCGAAAAUGUAAUGAAGCGAGUGAUAGAGAAAAUUUUACUAUUCCCGAUUGGAUUCUACCUCUGCCACAGCCUGAGCUUAAUGGCAAUACAAAUCCACCAUCAUAUGAAAAAAUAUCAUAAAUUAUUCGUAAAAUUAAAUUAA